UAAAGACUUGAUUUCGAAACAAAAAUUGAAAAGUUUCAUCCAAUAAAGAGAUAAGUAUUCAGACAUGUUUCUUAUUAAAUAUGGAUUAAAAAAUAGUUUCAGUUUUAACCUUUUUUGUUUCCUUAUAGUCUUUUUUAAUGAAUCAGGAACUCCGCUUAUCAAAAAUUGUCUUCUAGCUUCUACUACUUCUGGAUCCAACUUGGGUUUAGGGGCUAGUUUUUUGAAAAGUGGGGCUAAUUUCACUGGAGUUUUUUUAGGCUGCUUCUUAUCUUUAUUACUGUCCUUAUUUGAAAAUAAAUCAAUUGUUUCUAUAGGGCAAUCUUUGGUGGAAUUUUUUGUUUUGUUGGUUGAUUUUAUUUUAAUAUUCUUAGGUAGUCCAAGUGUUUCUGUAUAGUUUAUAACACUUCGUUUUCUUAAUGAUCUUCCUGGUGUGUCCACCACAUCAUCAAUCAAGGAGACUAUUUCUUCCUCCUUGGUUGUCCUUUUCAAACACUCAAUAUUUGAAUUAGAAUCAUCAUCUAUAAUCAGCUGUUUAUUUAUUUUGCUAUUGCUAAUUAUUAUUAAAUCAGAAUCGUUAGAUGAUUCAUCUGUAAUUAUGACCUGGCAAUCUUCUAGAUUUUCCUUAGUUUGCUUGGAAACCUUUGCAAUAUCCUUUUUAGCUUUUACUGAGGAUUUAACUUUAUUUUUAUUGAAUGUUUUUGCUGUUUUUUUAACAGGCGAACAGAAAUCAUUUAAAGAAUCAUCUAAUUUUACCUGGUUUUUGGAUUUAUUAUGUUUUUCUUUGUUACUUCCUAGAGAUGAUUUAUUACUAAUUUUGCUUAGAGGGGUAAACAUUUUUAUUUUUAUUAUAUUUUUUGUAUUUGUUUGCUUAGGUGAGUCAUCAAAACUGCUCGGAAAACUGUAUUCAGAAUCUUCUCCAUCAAAUUCAUCUACAAAAUUAUUUCCUUCUUGUUUUUUCACUGAGGAUUUUGUUGAUAUGCUUACAUCCUGAGAAUUUUCUUCUACUUCAAUAACGCUUAAAGUUUCAGUUUUUUCAGUUACUGAAUCUCUACUAUUCUCUGAUUCGGAUGAACUAAUUAUUUCCACUUUCUUUUUAAUCUUUGAUUGUGGCUCUUUUUUCUUUUCACCUUCUAUCAAGUUUUUCAAUCUUUUAACCCUUUUUUUCAUUUUAAUAUCAAUACACUUUUCAACCUCCUCUUCCUGCCUUUUACGUUUACCAGCCCCUUUUCGAUCAGCCCAAUUUUUAAAUAGAUUUUUCCUAGCCUCUAACUUUUGUUUGUCUUCGCAAUGUGAAUCAUUUUGACUGUCAUCCUCUUUUCCACCAGUAUUUUGGCCUAUAAUAUUGUUUCUACUGUUCAUUAAAAACUGAAAAGCAUUGAUUUUUGGAGUCUGUUGGGAAGAUGAUUCCUCUAGUGGUUGACUCUUUUUGGUACUACUACUACUAUUGUUAGCAUUCGUUUCUGCUUUCUUUGUUGUGGGUUUUGUUGAACUUUCCUUAGAUUUUAUUGUCGAUUUAAUGGGGGUUUGCAAUGAUUUCCUUUCUUGGUUCUUAUCAGUGGAUUUAUUAUUGGUUCCACUUGUAUUUGGAGAAAUUAUACUAAGAUUGUUAGAGAAUAGUUCAGCUAUACUCUUUACCUCGGGAUCUGUUGGUUUCCUUUUCUUCUUUUUCUUAGUUAAUUUUUUCUUGUUUUCAGCUUUAUCAGUCCUUUCUUUGGGUGAUUUUAGGCUGGUAUUAUUAGGGCUUACAUUUUGAUCUUUUGGGCUUCCACUGGUAUUUACCACUUGAAUAGAGGAUUUCGUUGCUUUAGUUGGACUAGUAAAAUAGUCAGUUAUAUUCUUCAUAGUUAAAUUAAUCUAAAAUACACUAAAUAAACUGAUUUUUUGAACAAUUGGAAUAAUUAAUUUAAAAAAUUAUAACAAUUUCACAAUAUCAACAUACCAAGGCAAGGAGGGCGCCAAAUUUAAAAAGUAAGGUUAGGAAUUAGAAGUGUCAAGUGUUGCUACAAAAUAAAUUUGGCAACAGCGCUUAUAGGUCGACCUGUGACUUCCGCCAAUUUUGCACAAUAUCAAUCCACAAACUUCAUCCACAUUGACAAGUAUAGUAGUAAAGUUGAAACAUGUCUUGUCCCUGGGCAAAAAUCGCGAAGCCAGAACCUGUAAAUCUGGCUGAAAUUAUGUCUGAAGAGGUAGCCAGGGAUUUGCAAGCAAAAGAGGACAAAAAACUCAUGGAAAUACAGGAUUUGGGUAAGCAAGAUGAGGCAGGUGCAUGUGCAGAUGCAGGAGCUCAAGUCCUCUACGAUACACUUGAUAAAAUACCAGACGAAGUCCUUAAAGCGAUUUCAAAUGAUACACUUGAAAGUGACUCGAUGAUAGCUCAGAUGCUGCAAAUGCAAUUUGACAAAGAGUACGAUGUGAUGCUGAAAAGAACCGAACAAAAAUACAAUGGGUCUUCGAAAUUAUCUAUUUCUUUUGAUAAUUAUAGAAGAACGCCUCUAAAUAAUGAUUUCGAAAGUGAUUCAGAAGAAGAAGAAAUUGAAGAUAUUCGUGAUAGGAAAGAUUGGGAUCGCUUUGACAGCGUUUUGAGAGAUAUAAAUUCAAUCCCAGUUUGUGGUUACAAGGUAAAAGAAAAUGGUGAAGUUCUAACAAAACACGACUUGGUAAACAGCGCCAGAAAAAAUGCUUGCAAGCUUCUUUCAUUUCCACCAGAGUUCCACACAGGAGAUGGGGAAAAUUUCGACUUGAAGUUAUCAAAUAAGGUUUUCAACAGCCUUAGAACAUACUCCAAAAAGGAAAAGGCUAGAAGACACAAAAUCAACGACAAAAAAGAAGAUCACGCCACUGCCGAAUUCGGAAUGGACGCUCAAGCUCGUAUUUACCUUUACAAAAUGAUAAAUGCUCAACUUUUGAAAUGCGUCAAUGGUGUAAUCAGUAUUGGUAAAGAAGCAGUUAUUUUGCAUGCAGACAGCGAUCCAGAUUACCCUUUGGCCAAAGAACCGUUGCCUAAAGAGUGCGCUAUAAAAGUAUUCAAAACUACUUUGUCCGAAUUCAAAGAUCGUGACAAAUAUAUUAAGGACGAUCAUAGAUUUAAAGACAGAGUUGGUAAGCAAACUUCCAAAAAAAUCGUCCACAUUUGGGCAGAAAAAGAAAUGGCCAAUUUGAUGAGACUCCGUAGAGCCGGAAUAAAUUGUCCACAAGUUGUCACCCUGAAAAAGCACAUACUCGUAAUGUCGUUUAUUGGAGAAAAUAAUGUUCCAGCGCCCAAACUGAAAGAUGCCCGGGGUGUCGACUACAUUAUGGCCUAUGAAGAAAUUGUUGCAGCUAUGAAGACCAUGUUUCAAAAAGCCAAUCUAAUACAUGCUGAUCUGUCAGAGUAUAACAUUCUAUGGCACGAUGAUCAAUGCUGUUUUAUUGAUGUGAGCCAAUCUGUUGAACCCAGCCAUGACAAUGCCUUUCACUUUUUGUACAGAGACUGUUGUAACAUUAUAAAUUUCUUCACAAAAAAAGGUGUUCCAUCAAUAAUGACACCCGACGAACUGUUUGAAGAUAUUGUCGGAGCGGAUUUCAAUAAUAAAUUCGCGCUUCUUCAAGUUCAGGAAGAAUUCAAAAUGAAACCGCAUCUGGUGGACCAACCGGGCGUCGAGUCUUCGUUUGCUUUCGAUACCGCUUGGGAGAAAUUGAAAACAGGGGAAUUGGUUAAUCAGCGUGAGUCUUCAGAUGAAGACGUUUUUGCUGGAGCUAAGCAGAUUGCUGUUGAACAGGUUAAUGUGGUGGAGCCUGCUAAAGCUUAAAAAAAUUUGUUUAUGAUGUGUUUUUUGGAAGUUACAUGUCAUGGAUUUUGAUUGCUUUUUAUCAAUCUUUUUAUAAACAUUGUACUUCAAAAUGAAUAAAAUUUUAUAUUUGUUAUACCUUGUGAUUUAUUUGCUUUAUUUAUUUCAAUUUUGGAUGUUUUUUUUUAGAGAGAGUUCUAAUGCAAUGGUCAAGCUCUGCUGAUAAAAAUGAAGAAAACAUGAUAUUUUUCUUUCAUGUUUUUUUCCAGUGAGCUUCGAGUGUAUGGGGCCCUUUACCAUAGACCCUUUUCUUGAACAUCUAUUUUCAUUGCAACUUUACACUGAGUUUAAUUUUAGUUCUCAGAACGAUAGUAUGUCUACCUUUAUACCUUGGUGAAUCUGUUAAUAAUAGCGAUAAUAGUAACAACUUCAAAGAUUUAUCUACUUUUUUGUAGAAUAAAAAGAUGUACGUACAACUAAAACGAACAACCCAAGACUAUAUGUGACAAUACUUAACAACUCUAGCAGAAGUUAGAAAUGAAUUAGAUUAUAAACUAAAUGUAAUAAACAAGGCAGAAUCAAAGAGUGGAGAUUGUAUGGCCCGGCAUCAGGGAAACCUUUGUUAGCGUUAGCACGAAAUUGAAAUCAAGUUACACUGAGGUCAGGAA